AUGGCUUUUGCCACCUUCCAUAUCGCUGAAGCCCAGAACAAGAAUAUUCAAGUCGGUUGCUACGCUGUCGAUUCCCGCCAGGAUGGUCUUCUCCCGAAGCUUCUCCUUAACUCAGACGCACGCGCGAAGGCCGACCCAGAUCUACGCUUUGGAUUUUGGGAUGGUGGCAAUAAAAUAUGCUGCGAUGGCCCACGGAACUGCGCUAGAUACUGGGCAUUUACCUAUAAUCAUCCUUACAACUGGGCUUCCAAAACCAGCACCGGAACGAUCGACGGACAGAAUGUUAAGUUUGUUUGUGUCGGAUACCAGAUGGGGCAAUGCACUAUCAAUUGA